AUGACGACGACAGCGAGCAGCAUAAUAACGCCCAUGGCAUCACCCAUGAUAAGCACAAAUAAUAUUAUGGCCACUACACCUACUGCAAUGACUCCUCCAACAAGGACAAAUGAACAUGAAUUGGCUAACACAACUGGCAGCAGCGCAACAAACUCAAGUUCAGCUAACAACAACAACAAUUUUAUAAAUCCUUUUAAAACUAUCAACACUACAGCAAACUACACCUCCGGCCACAGCAUUCUCAACAGCAACGACACUUACAGUGACGACAGUGAAAUGUUGCAAACCAUCGAAUAUAUUGGCACUGUUUUGAGCUUCUACUAUAUACCCAUCAUUGUGGGCACCGGUUCGAUUGGCAAUAUUCUUUCCGUGUUUGUAUUCUUCAAGACAAAAUUACGCAAACUUUCGUCCAGCUUUUAUUUGGCCGCUUUGGCUGUAAGUGACACUUGCUUUCUAUUGGGUCUCUUUGCCCAGUGGCUGAACUUUGUGGAGGUCCACAUCUACAAUCGUGAAUACUUUUGCCAGUUCUUUACGUUCUUCAGUAAUCUGGCCUGUUUCUGUUCGGUCUGGUUUGUGGUUGCCUUUACGGUGGAACGUUUUAUAGCUGUAAUGUAUCCUUUGAGACGUCAGACUAUGUGUACGGUGAGGAGAGCCAAAAUGGUUUUGGUUGGCUUGACGAUAUUGGGUUGCUUGCAUUGUGCCCCGUUUUGGAUCUCCUCAACGCCAGUGUAUUCGCCCAAACUGGGCACUACAAUAUGUGAUAUUAAAAGUGAAUAUAAGGACUAUAUAACGCUACUUAAUUAUUGGGACACAAUUGUGGUAUUUGCUGUUCCCUUUACAACGAUUGCCAUCUUGAAUACAUUCACCGGUUGUACAGUUUGGAAAUUUGCCACAGUCAGAAGGACAUUAACCAUGCAAAAGAUGAAAACACAACAUUUACCACUACACGGUACAAUGUCAUCUCCAUCAUCAUCCUGUUCGGCUAGAGAAGGUGGUGGUGGAUCAGUGACAGCAGCCCCAGCACCAGCAUCAGCCAAUGCAGCCGCAACAAUGGCACAACAACAGGGUAUUUCAACAUAUCGUCUUGCGACUUCAUCAUUGAAACGACAAAAGACAACAUCUUGUGGGAAUUCAUUACACUCGAAUGGAGAACAGCAUAAUCAUAAUCAUACUCAUCAUCCCCACCACCAGCAGCAGCAGCAGCAAUCACAUCAGCCAGAGCAUCAGCAUCAGCACCACACACAUCAUACACAUCCGAAUCGUGCAACCAUGAUUAAACAUGCUGCAAGUGGUAGCAGUGAUAUAUUCUCAAGAAAAUCAAGAAGAAGAAAAGUUACGAAUUCAUCACAAUUGAAGGUCACAAAAAUGCUCUUAAUUGUCUCAACGGUCUUUGUGUGCUUAAAUUUACCAAGUUUUAUUAUGAGAAUGAUUACGUACUUGGAGACUCAAUCAUCUACAAAUGAAAAGACAACUGUAGUCUUACAGUACAUUUUCCAAUUACUGUUUAUAACAAAUUUUGGCAUUAAUUUUGUGCUGUACUGUGUCAGUGGACAAAAUUUUCGCAAAGCCGUUUUGAGUUUGUUUCGCAAAGUUUCCACAACGCAAAGGGAUGGCACAACACAGAUUACGGUCUCCGAAUAUUAUCGUAAUACCAGCGGUAUUAUUGGAUCGUGUGGCACCAGCACAUCAACGCGUAGACGCAUGAUGACCCAAAAUGUUUGUAAUGAAAUACAUGAAUUGCAGCGUUUAAAAUAA